GUGAAGACAAGCACCAAGACAAACGCGUGAGCUUCAAGAUUUAACUUUACGCGAGUCUCGCAAAGUCUAGCAUCUGCGACCAAUCUUUUGUCGGUUUCAUAAAAAUGUCUGCGGCCAUCGGCAUAUUCGACCUCAAUCCAUACGAAUCGCACCCAAGUCUGACCGCGCUGGAGGCCAGUGUUUUGUGGGAGUACGCUAAACUAUCGCAACACGUCAAAGAUUUGACCGUCACCACGAGACGGCUAUCCGAGGGACCAGAUGAGAAUCUUAUUGCGCGUUUGAGAGUGUUGGAGAGAAAAAUGGGCCUCGUAUUAACAUUGUUCAAAGCAUCAGUCUGGGGCGUCAUCAACGAGCAGCCAGUUCAAGAGAUUUAAGGGGGAUAUGCGUACGCGACGGUUAACACUCUACGAAAAUGAUACU